GCCGAAUAGCUUAGGGAGCCUAUCAGCGCCCGGCCUUCAGCUGAUAUAGCGAAACAGCGCCGAUCUGCGGAGAUUCUCUUCCAUCGUGUUGCCAGAGGGUAAACGUCGUUGAAGCGAGGGGAUUCUUCACAGCUGAUCUGCAUGAUCAAGAUAUUGGGGUCUAUGUGAAAUUGUCCGAGUGACUGUCUGUCAGCACGGUAGAAUGGCCGCAUUGUUCCCUCUUGGCAUGAACGCUCGAUUUGUCUGUCUUACCCAACAUUGGUAUGUCUAUAAAGACGAGCUUCAGGCAGUGGAAACCUUGGUUUCUGAGCCGGGGUUACAUCGGAACCUGCCUAGUGACUAGUGGCUUUGGGAUCUAAUUGAUAGCGCUGGUUCCAUUUCCUAUUAAUUAAUUUAUCCAUACAUAGACGAUAAGAUGUCGGGCUACCAUCGGACAUAGCUAGUGCUCCCCACCCUUCUGGUAAGGAGCAGAGCGCCAUCGUAUCAUUUAUAUGGGGUAACUGCCUUCAGCACUCUCACUUUCUUUUCCACAUCCCCAUCACUCUCUCAGCUAGCUUACCCCCUUUGCUUUUCUCCUCUUCUUCAGUUGGAUGGUCAGUGUGAGUACGACCACCUUCUCAUACCAACACACUCUAGUGGCGUCGUCUCCCUGUCACGCGCCACAAUGAAGGAGAAAGAGACCGGACCCACGGUGGCCGUGUCUACCGGAGCGGCCAUUGAUGAAGCAGCACCGGAUGCGGCCAUCUCCCAUCUGAAACAACUGAAGAAGGAGCAACAAUGGGACCCAAACUUGCCCGAAGAUGUCACCGACGAGAUUGACGACAAAGCUGGAGCAGAGGCUGCUGAGGAUCUCAUUGACAAUUCUCCAUAUCCAGAAGUGCGUGCAGCCGUCCCAAACUAUGACGAGGGUGGUCAUACCAAUACCAUCCGCGCCUGGGUCAUUGGCCUAGUCCUAGCCACUGUUGCAUCGGGGAUGAACAUGCUGUUCUCUCUACGCCAGCCAUACAUUGUGAUUCCCUCGUAUGUUGUUCAGGUUGUGGCCUACCCAAUCGGUGUAGGUUGGGCAAUGUUACUGCCAAAUAAGACUUUUAAUUUGUUUGGUCUCAAGUUCAAUCUGAACCCCGGCCCUUUUAGUAAAAAGGAACACGCCAUUGCAGUUCUCAUGGCCAACGCCUCAUUUGGGGGUGGUACUGCCUAUGCCACCGAUAUCAUAGUUGCCCAACGAGCCUUUUACAAACAACGGUUCGGAUGGGGCUAUGAGCUCCUCUUGUGUAUAUGUACCCAGAUGCUGGGCUUUGGCUUUGCGGGCUUCUUUCACCGAUUCCUCGUCGCCCCAGCAGCCAUGAUUUGGCCAUCAACGCUCAUCAAUACAUCCAUCUUUAGCGCACUGCACGACCGCACUCUUCCCGAUCCACGAAAGGUUGCCGGCUGGACAAUCGGCAGAUAUCGCAUGUUUUUGUACUGUUUGAUCGGAUCUUUCGUCUGGUAUUGGUUCCCUGGCUAUAUUGCUCCCUUCCUCAGCGUCUUCGCCUGGGUGACAUGGAUUAAGCCCCAGAGCCCUGUCGUCAAUCAGCUCUUCGGUGGCUGGACGGGGUUGUCUCUACUUCCUAUCACUUUUGACUGGACUCAAAUCUCGGGUUUUAACUUCAGUCCACUGAUCUCGCCGUGGCAUGCGCACGCGAACACCCUUAUUGGUAUGGUGGUGUUCUAUUGGAUCUGCACUGUUGGUCUACACUACAGUAAUGCCUACUGGUUCAAGCACUUGCCCAUUAGCGAUUCCAGCAGCUACGAUAACCUCGGAAAGGUAUACGAUGUGUCCAGAAUCCUGACGCCAGAGUUUACCUUCGAUGCUGCCAAAUACAAAGAGUACUCGCCUCUCUUUCUGUCCACGACAUUCGCUUUGUGCUACGGCCUGAGCUUUGCUGGCGUUAUUGCCGUCCUUCUGCAUGCGAUAUUGUUUCAUGGUAAGGAGGUCUUGGCCCGCCUCAAGACUUUCCGCAAGACUGAGGACGAUAUCCACGCCCGUCUGAUGGCUCGCUUCAAGCCCGUUCCGCUGUGGUGGUACGGUGCACUCUUUUUGACUAUGAUGGGUAUAGGUCUGGGUGUGUCACUCGGAUACCCCACUCACCUGAGUUGGUGGGCUUUCUUUAUCGCCUUGAUCAUGGCCAUUGUGUGGACUUUGCCUGUUGGAAUUGUGCAGGCAGCUACAAACAUCCAACUGGGACUUAACGUUUUGACAGAGUUUGUGAUCGGCUACAUGCAGCCUGGAAAGCCAAUGGCCAUGAUGCUUUUCAAAACAUUUGGUUAUAUAUCCAUGUCCCAAGGCUUAUACUUCUGCCAGGACAUGAAACUUGGUCACUAUAUGAAAAUCCCUCCCCGAGUUACAUUUGCCGCCCAGAUGGUCGCCACCCUGUGGACGUCGAUCGUCCAGAUUGCAGUCAUGAACUGGGCAUUAGGAUCGAUCAAUGGCGUCUGUGAACUGGAUCAACCGAACCGCUACACCUGUCCGAACGGCCGCGUUUUCUUCAACGCCUCCGUCAUCUGGGGAGUCAUUGGUCCCGCUCGCAUGUUCUCACCCGGCCAGCUCUACUCCGGCUUGAUGUGGUUCUGGCUCGCUGGCGCUGCCUUGCCCGUUCUCAUCUAUCUGGGCGCCCGUAUAUGGCCCAGAAGCAAGAUCCGUUACCUCAGCGCGCCCCUAAUCUUCACCGGUGCCGGAUUGAUUCCCCCUGCUACGCCCCUCAAUUACCUCAGCUGGGGCAUUGUUGGCUUCAUCUUCAACAAGUGGAUUCGCACCCGCUGGCGCGGCUGGUGGAUGCAGUACAACUACGUCCUGUCUGCAGGGCUCGAUGUCGGUCUCACCCUAUCCACGAUCGUCAUCUUCCUUUGCCUGCAGCUGACUGGGACUGAGUUCCCGUCAUGGUGGGGUACUCGUAUCGCGGCCGAUACCAUGGAUGCUGCCGGCACUGCAGUAGAAAUUACUGGGGAGAAGUUCGGCCCAGCGACAUGGUGAUCACAUCCAUGAUGUGUUUGGAGGAGGGUUUGGAGUAACGUAAUGUAUUUAUCUAUUUCUCCUGUUAUGCCUAGGCCAUCCGGCUACGGAUCAUGUAGUAUGAAUGAUAUCUAUAAUGAGUGAUGUCCGUCCUUUGAUGACCGGUCUACAUGAUGGUGGCGUUUCC